AUGAAGCCAGCUCUGCCCUCGGCUUUGAAACCAGACAUGGGCUCCAUCUCGAAUCACAGCUACUUCAGAAAUGCCACGGACUCCUCGGAGGAUCAGUCUUUUUCUCUGUUUGAUGUCCAUAUUUUGGUGCCUGUGACUGUAAUUUCCAUCAUCCUGUUUUUCUUGGGAGUCUCUGGGAAUUUGAUAACCAUAGUCAUUUUCAGACGCUCGCAGGAGAUGAGGACGACAGUGAACAUGUACCUGUCCAGCAUGGCGCUGUCGGACACGCUGAUUUUCCUUGGCCUGCCUUCGGAUCUCUACCGCCUGUGGAAGUACAAACCCUACAUAUUUGGGGAUUUUCUCUGCAAAUUCUUCAUUUACCUGAGUGAAACCUGCACCUACUGCACCAUCCUGCACAUCACCACGGUGAGUGUGGAGAGAUACUUCACCAUCUGCUUUCCUCUAAAAGCCAAAGCGACCAUCACCAAGUGCCGGGUGAAACGAGUCAUCUUGGUGCUGUGGGGCUGCUCCCUCCUGACCACCGGCCCCAUCCUCUUCCUCUUCGGAGUGGAACACCCCAAGGGCAGCCUGUCCCAGGAGAGCCGGGAGUGCAGGUCCAUCGAGCGCGUGGCCCGCACGGGGCUGCUAGAGAUGAUAACCUGGAUCUCCACCCUUUAUUUCUUCCUGCCAAUGCUCUGCUUGACUCUGCUGUACGGGCUCAUCUGCAGAAAGCUGUGGCGGGGGGGCAGAGGCUGCCAGGCUGCGGGCAGGAAAACCUCCCACACGCAGGCAGUCAAAAUGCUGGCAGUCGUAGUCUUGGCCUUCGUGCUGUGUUGGCUCCCGUUCCACAUCGGCCGAAUCCUCUUUGCCCAGAAAUUCCUGUACGACCUCACGCAGUACUUCAACCUCGUUGCCAUGCUGCUCUUCUACCUCGGGGCCUCUAUAAACCCCAUCCUGUACAACCUCAUGUCACACAAAUACAGGAAAGCCAUGAGCAAAAUCCUGCGCCACCAGCGAACUCGGCGCUGCAGGAGCCUGACCAGGAGCGACAAGGUUUCUUUCGAAGGCACAGAGGUUCUUUCAUGUCGACUGUUCCAGCCUUGA